UCUUUUCAGUAAACCAAGUGUUUCAGACCUUAAAAGAAGUCAGACAUGCUAAUAUGUUGCUCUCUCUCCACCCUGUUGGCCAGGAUUGAAUACAGUUUUACAGCAGACCAGGUAAUAAAAGCCUAACGUCUCUAGUGGUCUGACCUCACGGUUUUGUGACCGGCCCGCCUCCCCCUCCGCCUCCAGCGGAAUUCAAACCGAGACCAAGCGCUGUCCAACAGCACAGCUGGCUGGAGGAAACAUGGGGUCCGCUGUGCACCCCUGCUCGGUGCUGCUGGUUGUGUUUCUGCUGGGGCUUCAUCACUCCUCAGGUUUCUGGAUCGUCAACGUUGUCUUCCCACCCAACGCCAAAUCCAAAGCACCAAGCAACAGCACUCCACCACUCAUUAUAGUACCAGGGAACUUGGGGAACCGCCUGGAAGCUAAGAUUGACAAGCCGACGCUGGUCCACUGGAUGUGCUACAAGAAAACUGAACACUGGUUCCCAUUGUGGAUUGACCUCAACAUGUUUAUGCCUAUAGGUGUAGACUGCUGGAUUGAUAACAUUAGACUUGUUUACAACAAGACGACUCGGCGGUCAUCCAACUCAGCAGGGGUGCAGGUGCGAGUUCCAGGAUUUGGGCAGACCUAUGCCAUUGAGUUUCUUGACUAUAACAAACUGGCUGGUUAUUUUUACACCAUGGUGCAACAUCUGGUCAAUGUGGGCUACACCCGAAAUGAGACAGUCCGAGGGGCACCGUACGAUUGGAGAUUAGCGCCUAAUGAGAAUGCAGAGUAUCUCACAAUGCUGAAGAACCUGGUUGAGGAGAUGUACGAGCAGUACCAGCAUCCUGUUUACCUGCUGGGACACAGCAUGGGCUGCCACUACGUCCUCUACUUUCUCAACCACCAGCCUCAGGCCUGGAAGGACAAGUACAUCAGGGGCUUCAUUUCCCUGGGAGCCCCGUGGGGGGGUGCUGUUAAACCACUUAGAGUCCUGGCAUCAGGUGAAAAUGACGGCAUCCCGAUGAUUUCCAACAUCAAGAUCCGUGAGGAGCAGAGGAUGGCAACAACUAAUCCUUGGAUGCUGCCAUUUCAGGAAGUCUGGCCAAAGGAUCACGUAUUCGUCUCCACACCGACCUUUAACUACACCAACCAGGAUUACAAGCGCUUCUUCAGAGACAUCAGUUUUGAGGAUGGCUGGUACAUGUGGGAGGACACCAAGAACCUCACUGGUGAUCUCCACCCACCUGGUGUUGAGUUGUGGUGUAUGUAUGGAGUUGGUCUUCCCACUCCUAUAACUUACAUUUAUGAUGAGGAGUUUCCCAAUGUGGACCCAGUGGACUUUGUUUACGCCGAUGGGGACGACACAGUGGACAGCUUUAGCAUGAGUCUUUGCAAACGUUGGAAAGGGCAGCAGGAGCAGCCUGUUCAUGUAACUGAGUACCGAGGUCUGACCCACCUUGAUAUAGUGUACCACGAAAAGGUGCUCAACCAAAUCCAGCAUAUCCUGGAGGGCAAAUCAGACAUACCUCAAGAAAUUGAUGUCAGACCUGGAACUGAUUAGAAAACAACAGCAUUUAAGAGUUUGACAAAAACAAAAACACAUGUAGUACUGGAUUUUUAGUCUUUUCAGUCUGUUCAUGUGUCAUGCAAAAAAACACAUUAUAAAUAGCUCCAACCCCUGUCUUGGCCCAAGUAAGUCCAAACCAAUGUGGACUUGCAAGUAACCUAACCCUGACCCCCCAGCCCAUAACCAUGACCCCUUUAUCAAAACUAAAUGCUGAUGACUUGCAAUAUGGGUUUGACCCCCAUCUUUUUAUUUAUAUUCCCAAGCUGCCUAUUUUGUUGUGUCUGCCUUAUAUUUUAUGGUGCUCAUGAUGAGAUAUAAUAUGGUUAUUAUGGUACACAACAUUAUCGCAAUAAUUAAAAACAUAGUAAUAGGGAUUUUUGAUGAUGUAGUCUGUGUGGUUUUAUCACAAAUCAUUCGGCAACAUCAAAUCCUGUAACAUCUUUAAAAAACAAUUCUGGUUUGUUUACUUUUGAUGAAUGAUGAUUUAAUAAUCACAUUGUUAUUAUAUUAAAAUACACACACGCCCAAUGACACAUAUUUGUCAUAUAAUAUCGAUAGAGCAUGACUGUAAGGAACAUAUAGGUUAUAGGGACCUCACCAGUAGCCUAUUAUUAUUGUGUAUGAUAUAACUGUAAUAUUUCUGUUAGGAUUUAUAUAGUUACAGACAUCCGUAAAAAUAUUUUCGAGAAAUGAUCCUCAGUAAUUUAUAGUAGCUUGUACACGCAGAUGAAACCAAUGAUGUAAAAUGAUAAGGAUAUUUUAUAUUACCGUAUAAACAUGCCAAGUUUGAAUGUUUCCACCUAUAAUAAAGCAUAUAUGAUCACACAA